AUGAAUUCUCCGGGUGGACGACGGAAGAAGAAAGGCUCCGGCGGCCCCAGCAGCCCGGUGCCUCCCAGGCCUCCGCCCCCCUGCUCGGUGCCCGCCCCUUCCGGCGCCGCGCGGGCCUCUUCGCCCGGGUCGCCGCAUAAGCGGAACCUGUACUAUUUCUCUUACCCGCUGUUGGUGGGCUUCGCCCUGUUGCGCUUGGUAGCUUUCCACUUGGGGCUCCUCUUCGUGUGGCUCUGCCAGCGCUUCUCCCGCGCCCUCAUGGCCGCCAAGAGGAGCUCCCGGGCCGCGCCGGCGUCAGCCCCGGCCUCGCCCCCGGUGCCUGUGUCAGGCGGUGAGGCUGACCACGUUCGAGCCUUUCAUAAGCAGGCCUUCGAGUACAUCUCCAUUGCCCUGCGCAUCGACGAGGACGAGAAAGGACAGAAGGAGCAAGCUGUGGAAUGGUAUAAGAAAGGUAUUGAAGAACUGGAAAAAGGAAUAGCUGUCACAGUUGCAGGAGAAGGUGAACAGUGUGAGAGAGCUAGGCGCCUUCAAGCUAAAAUGGUGACUAAUUUGGGUAUGGCCAAGGACCGUUUACAACUUCUAGAGAAGCUGCAACCAGUUUUGCAAUUUUCCAAGUCACAAACGGACGUCUAUAAUGACAAUACUAACUUGACAUGCCGCAAUGGACAUCUCCAGUCAGAAAGUGGAGCUGUUCCAAAAAGAAAAGACCCCUUAACACACCCUAGUAAUUCACUGCCUCGCUCAAAAACAGCUAUGAAAACCGGAUCCACAGGUCUUUCAGGCCACCACAGGGCACCUAGUUGCAGCGGUUUAGCCUCCGUUUCUGGAGUGAGACAAGGGCCUGGUCUUGCCACUGCAAUUCAUAAGGGUACUCCAAAAACAAAUAGAACAAAUAAACCUUCUACCCCUCCAACUGCUGCUCAGAAAAAGAAAGACUUGAAGAAUUUUAGGAAUGUGGAUAGCAACCUUGCUAACCUUAUAAUGAAUGAAAUUGUAGACAAUGGAACAGCUGUUAAAUUUGAUGAUAUAGCUGGUCAAGAGUUGGCAAAACAAGCAUUGCAAGAAAUUGUUAUUCUUCCUUCUCUGAGGCCUGAGUUGUUCACAGGGCUUAGAGCUCCUGCCAGAGGAUUGUUACUCUUUGGUCCACCUGGAAAUGGGAAAACUAUGCUGGCUAAAGCCGUAGCUGCAGAGUCCAGUGCAACCUUCUUUAAUAUAAGUGCUGCAAGUUUAACAUCCAAAUAUUUGGGAGAAGGAGAGAAAUUGGUGAGAGCUCUUUUUGCUGUGGCUCGAGAACUUCAACCUUCUAUCAUUUUUAUAGAUGAAGUUGACAGCCUUUUGUGUGAAAGAAGAGAAGGAGAACAUGAUGCUAGUAGACGUCUAAAAACUGAAUUUCUAAUAGAAUUUGAUGGUGUGCAAACUGCUGGAGAUGACAGAGUACUUGUAAUGGGUGCAACCAAUAGACCACAAGAGCUUGAUGAGGCUGUUCUCAGGCGUUUCAUCAAACGGGUGUAUGUGUCUUUACCGAAUGAAGAGACAAGACUACUUUUACUUAAGAAUCUGUUAUGUAAACAAGGAAGCCCAUUGACCCAAAAAGAACUAGCACAACUCGCUAGAAUGACUGAUGGAUACUCAGGAAGUGAUCUAACAGCUUUGGCAAAAGAUGCAGCACUGGGGCCUAUCCGAGAACUGAAACCGGAACAGGUGAAGAAUAUGUCUGCCAGUGAGAUGAGAAAUAUUCGAUUAUCUGAUUUCACCGAAUCCUUGAAAAAGAUAAAGCGCAGCGUGAGCCCUCAAACCUUAGAAGCAUACAUACGUUGGAACAAGGAUUUUGGAGAUACCACCGUUUAAGGAAAUACCUGUGUAAAUCUGCAGAACAUUUUAGUUACCAGGAAACACGUGAUCUUCAAUGAGCAGUUAGUUACCAGCUACAGAAAUUCAGCCUAAGAUUACUGGACUUUUCAGUCUUAGAAUUAUUUGUGCACUAAGCUUGAAGAACCAGAAAAUAAGUUUAAAUAAAGUAUACAGUGCAAAUGGAAUAUUUUGUUGUUUAAGGCCUUCUUGCCUUGAUGGUCAUGCCGGUUGGUUCUGUCUGACCAAAAGAAAAACUAAUUAUGUUCCUCUCUACCAAUAUAAUUGUAAAUAAUAAUUUGUACAUUGUGUUGCAGAUGAGAGUAUUCCAGAGACAGUGGAUAGUAAAGACACAAGAGCCUCUUGUUCAUUUUUCUUCUGAUGUCUUUUCUUAAUGUAGUCAUAUUUUUCCUAUUUUUCCUGUCCUGUUGUCUUAACUGUGGAUGAUUAGACUGCCAAACACUGGAAGUUUCGUUCUUGUUUUGUUCUUCUCCUUUUGCAAAUUAAUUGUGCCAAAUGAAACUUUUUCCUAUAUGAUGUAGGAAGAAGUAUUUUGAAGUUUUUUCUCUUCUUCUUAAAUAUAUGCACAUUAAAUAAUGUAUUCUUUUUAAUUUGUUUUCCUAUUACCUUGCUACCAAACAAUUUAGAAAACAAUAUGAUAGCAACAUAGCAAAUCUGGUAAAAUAGAGAAGGAGAAGAGUUGAAGGCUUAAGUUGCUCUGCCAUACAAUAUAUAGACCUUCAUGUGACCAGCAGUAUUUUUCCUUUUAUUUGUCAAAAAUCUAUUAUAGACUGUUAACUAAUUUGUGAUGAAAUUUAUUUCCUGCUAGAAUUAUUCUUAAUACUUAAAAGAACAAAUUUAGCCAUUCUAAAAGUGGUUCUGGUACAAGAGAAGGGAAAUACUGGGAGUUAAGACAUUUCUAAUUUAUUGCUUAUUACUUUCUUACUAUUUACAGGUAUAAUUAAAAGCCAGUGGAACUACCAUCUUUUAUUCUUAGUAAUUAUUAAUCGCUUCAAUGAAACUUUAAAAAAUUACUGAAUUUUUAAACAUUGCAUACAUUUUAUAGAUUUCUUCCCUCACUUUAUUAACUCAGAAGUUCUAGUUUGUCAGUCUGCUCUUUGUUCCCCCCAAAUGUACAGUAAUUCUGUUUCUUGUUUGUGUAAAUAUACUUGGAUUUUUAUUAUAAAAAUGUCUCUGUAGGAAUAAAACACUCAUAUCAUGGCCUUUUAAAUACUGUAAUAAGGCAAAUGGAUAAUUGCCCUUAGGUUACUGGUUAAAAGUUUGUUUACAGAAUUUUUCUUUGGUGCUUAAAUGAUGUUAUGAAAAUGUCAUAAGAAAAAGUCAUGGAUGGAAAAAAUUUUGUUUGUAGUAGUGAGAAUUUUCAUUUAGUAAAACACCUUGGAUAUUGCUAUAAUAUGUUAAAAUCAAGAACUUGCCCCUACUAGAUAAGAAUUUUAUGAAGAUAAUUUUUGUUCAUUUUACUCUUGUUCUUGUUAAAGACUUAUCUAAAUAGAGAAGAUGUGUGGUUUUUUAUGAUAAUGUGCUGUUUGCAGCUAUAAUUUAAAUCAUACCUGUUCUCGUUAUGACUUUAGAACUUUCUAGAUAAUUAAAAUGACAGUUAAGAUAAUCUUAAAAAAUUUAAAGCCAGAGCUAUGCGUAUUUUAGAUUAAUAUCUUUUUAAAGUCUCAAACAUUAAAACCUCAUUUACAAAGUAUUAAAAAUGGAAGGUAGACAUAAGUGUACAUUAUGACAAGAACUGGGAAAAUCCCAAAUGAAGCAUUUUCAAUAAAGCUCAUAAUUUCAUUUAGAAAGGGAUUGACAUUGGUACUUGAAAAACUGGCUUAACUAUAUUAAAGGACUAUGUGCUUUCAGAUCAACUUUUGAAAAUCUCCUUUAAAAGUAUCAUAAUUCUAUCUGCAAUAAUUUAAUGUAACUCACUAUUUUUAUUGAAACGUUUUUAGAUGGACAGAUUUCAAAUGUGAAAAGUCAAAUUAAUAUUGUCAUAAGCAUUGAAUCAGAAAAUUAUGUUACUGCUUAAAUAUCCUUCUAGUAUACACGCUAACUUUUCUUUCUUAAUCAAGUUAGAAGUUGCAUUUAGUGCUAGAGACUAUUUUCUAUGACCAAGUUUUAUUUUAAGUUGUAUUUCCUUGAUAGAAGGGCCAUGAAUAUAAAAAUGAUGGUAUAGUAGGAGGUGAUAGAUUGGUUUGGUCUUUUUCAGUAAAGAUAGAAGUUGCUAAAGUUUUGUGACUUAAUAUUAGACUUGGAUUGUGACUCUUUAGAUUUUCCAUUAAUCCCCAAGUCGUAUUACUUCCUAAAGUAUAAUGGUUAAACAUUAAGCAUUAGUGUGCCCUUAAUUUUUAAUAUGGCAGAGUUUUAUAAACUGAAUUAAAAGUUAUUAAUGCACUGAGUUUGAGCCAAGGGGAAAAUAAAAUUUUAAAAAAAUCCAGAUAUUUGUGAGUAAGAGCUUGUUCUAAGACAGUCUGCCCAUUUGAGGUAAUUAGAUUUCUGACUUGCAGAUAUGCUUUCUGCUUGGGAAGAAUUGGAAUAAAAGCAGAUACUAGAAUACUAAUUUAAAUAAAUAUGCAGCAGUCUUCGUUUAUAGUGUAAAAUUCCUUAUAUUUUGUACAAAAACCAGUUCUUUUGGUAGAAUGACCCAUUUACAGUUUGUUUUUGAACUCUGAAUCAAUGGAUUUUUCUUUUAAAUGCACGUCUCUAUUUUAGUCUUUUGUACUUUUCUUGGAAAGAAAUGAAUUAAAGUGUUCAGCUGUAUAAUAGUUUUUUUUCCCCCUCAAUGGAUUGGAAAUAAAUUAUAAACUUUAUUUUGCCUUUAAUAUUCUUAUUAAAUCUUUUGAGAUUUCAGAGGUUGCCAUUUUGGUAAUAAAGGUAGCUUUUAUUAGACUAAUUGUCUUGCCAGUAACAGUUCUAAACUUCGAACAAAAUAUAAAAAUGAAUUAUUAGUAAACAUCGGAAAGCAACCAGAAGUAGACUGAAACUGGAUGAAGUCCAGUCCUUGAAAGAAGGCAAGUGUAUCAGAAGAGAUCCACAUUAACUGAUUUUUGUCCUGAGGGUAAUUUACAGUUUGUGCAGUACACUUGGAAAUAGAAUUCAAGCAGAAUGUGGCAGUCUUAUUGGGCUGAAGAGACAUUUGGGGUUUUGAACAGCUGGAAAUUAGGAGGAAAUUUUGGAAAGGAGAGAGCAUCAGAAGAAUAAGUCUGAAAAACCUGUUUACGCAUUCCUUUAAAAUCUUCGUUGACUCCAGAACUGCACAGAGUACAGUCUAAUAUUCAAAGUAAUCCAGCAGAAAGCAGUUGUUGAAGUCUGAUGAACUAAGGUUAUUCAUUACAUGGUACACAAAGUGAUGUAUUAUUGAGUAAGAUAGAUUGUGAUAAACUAAGGAUGCAUAUUGUAUCUCUAGCACAGUCAGUGAAAAUGAGGUAUACCUAAAAAACCAUUAGAGAAGAAUGGAUUACUAAAAAUUACUUGGUUGGCUCAAAUGAAAUCAAGGAAGGAGGAACAAAGGAACAAAACAGGUGAGACAAAUAUAAAAAAACAGGAUGAUAGAGCUGAAACAGCAGUGUCAACAAUUAAGUUGAAUUGCUGUCUUCGUGAACAAUUCGGGUUUUAAAAAUUGUUAUAGCUUUUUUAUGUGUCUAAGAACUAAGUACUAAAGAAAACAACUCAAAGCUGCUGUCAAAGACACACUAAUGUUACGUAUAGAGUGAACUGUUUGGGACAUGUAAAUGUCUGUUGUUUUCUUCCAUAAACAACUCACAGCAACUUAUAACUGAGAAAGUAAGUACUUCCUGCUGAGCACUAUAGUAGUUCUCCUGGGAGAAAGGUUUUUUAAAAGAAAUGGAAGCCCUUGACAUUAGAAGCACACUAAGGAAACGUUUAAAACAUUUCUCUGAACAUAUGAGAAAUAACACAAUGUAAUGAGAUUUUCUUUUUAUAUAUAUAUAUUUAAAAAUUUUUUGUGAAGAUACAAUAAAACACUCCCAUUUCUAUAUGUACAAUACAGUGAAGUUGGUUAUGUUCUUCAAAUUGUGCUGCCUUUUUUGAUACUCUUACAAAUUAUUUCACCAUUGUUAACACAAACUCCAAAACCCUGGUGGUGUAGUGGUUAAGUGCUACGGGCUGCUAGCCAAAAAAGGUCAGCAGUUCGAAUCCACCAGGUGCUCCUUGGAAACCUUAUGGGGCAGUUCUGCUAGGGUCUCUAUGAAUCAGAAUUUACUCAACGGCAAUGAGUUUUUUUAUGGUAGUUCUAUUUUUAAUUUUUUGAGGAAGGGACAUACUGUUUUACACAAUGGUUGUAUCAUUUUGUUUUCCCGCCAGGAAUGGAUAAGCGUUCCAGUUUCCCCAUGUCCUAACCAACGUUUGUCAUUUUCCUUUUUUUUUUUAAUCUUAACCCUUCUGGUGGGAGUUAGGUGGUACCUCAUUGUGGUUUGGAUUUGCGUCUUUCUAAUGGCUAAAAAUAUUGAGCAUUUUUCCAUGUGUGUGUUGGCCAUUUGAAUAUACUCCUUGUUGAAAUGCCUGUCCAUGUCCUUUGCUCAUUUUUCUUACUGGGUUAUUUGUCUUUUUGUUGUUAAAUUGUAGAAGUUAUAUAUAUAUGAUACUAGACCAUCAUCACAUAUGAUUCCCAAAGAUUUUUUUCCCAGCUGGUAGGUUAUCUUUUUACUCUUUCGUUAGCCGUAGUUAAUUUUUAUGAAGUUCUGAUUAUCUAUUUUGUCUUCUCAUGUAUUCGUUGUUAUGUUUGAUAAUCAGUAAUUAAGAAAAAAAAGCUUCCGUAACUUUGUCCCAGCAUUUCCUUCCAAGAAGUUUAUGGUUUUAGGUCCUUGAUCAUUUUGAAUUAGUUUUGUAUAUGGUGUGAGGUGUGGAUCCUGCUUCAUUUUCUGUAUGUGGAAAUCCAAUUUUGCCAGCACCAUUUGUUGAUAAGAUUGUUCCUUCCCUAUUGAAUGGUCUUAGCACUUUUGUUGAAAAUCAGUUGCCCACAGAUGUAUGUACUUACUUCUGGGUUCUCAGUUCUAUUCCAUUGGUCUACGUGCCUGUCAUUAAACCAGAACCAGGCUGUUUUGAUUAUGUGGGUGUGCUGUAUGUUUUGGAGUCAGGAAGGCCUGCUACUUUGCUCUUCAAAAUUGCUUUGGCUAUUUGGGGCCUCUUGGCUUUCCAUAUGAAGUUAAGGAUUGGUUUUUCCAUUUCUGUUAAAAUACAGCUGGAAUUUUGAUCAGGGUUCAUUGAAUAUAUAGAUUGCUUUGGGUAGUAUUGGCAUCUUGACAAUAUUAAGUCUUCCAGUCCCAGAGCACGGAACAUCUCAUCUCUUUUGGUCUUCUUUAAUCUCUUUCAACAGAAUUUUAUAAUUUUCAUUGUGUGUUACACACCCUUAGUUAAAUUUAUUCCUAAGUAUUUUAUUGUCUUCGAUGCUAUUGUAAAUAGAAUUUUCUUAAUCUCAUUUUCAGAUUUCUCAUUGCUAGUGUAUAGAAACUCAACUGAUUUUUGUUUGUCAAUCUUAUACCCGGAAACUUUACUAAACUCCUGUAUUAGCGCUAGAAGCUUUUUGCAGAUUCCUUGGGAUUUUCUAUAUGCAGGAUUAUGUCAUCAGUGAAUAGAUACAGUUUUACCUCUUUCUGAUUUGGAUACUUUUUAUUUCUGGCCUAAUUGCUCUGGGUAGGACUUCCAAUGCAAUAUUAAAUAGAAGCACUGAGAGUGGCCAUUCUUGUCUUGUUCCAGGGAAGCCCUCAAUCUCCCUCCAUUGAGUAUAAUGUUGGCUGUUGGUUUUUCAUAAAUGCCCUUGGUCAUACUGAGGAACUUCCCUUUUGUUCCUAUGUUUUUGAGAGUUUUUAAUCAAGAAACGGUGUUGGAUUUUAUCAAAUGCCUUUUCUGCAUUAAUUGAGAUCAUGCGGUACUUUUCCUUUGUUCUACUAAUGUGGUGUAUUACAUUAACUGCUUUUCUAAUGUUGAACCAUCCUUGCAUUCCUGGAAUAAAUAAUAUUUGAUCAUGUAUAAUUAUUUUAAUAUGCUGUUGGAUUAUUUUUGCUAGUAUUUUUUUUGAGAAUUUUGGCAUCUAUAUUCAUAAGGGAUGUUGGUCUGUAGUUUUCUUGUGUCUUUAUCAGGCUUUGGUGUCAGAAUAAUGCUGGCCUCAAAGAACGUUAGGGAUUCUUUCUUCCGUUUCUACUUUUUCUAAGAGCUUGAACCCAGCUGGCAUCAAUUCUUCUCUAAAUGUUUGGUAGAGUCCGCCAGUGAAGCUAUCUGGACCAAAGCUUUUCUUUCUUGGGAGGUUUUUGAUUACUGGUUCAAUCUCUUCCUUUGUUAUCAGUCUGUUGAGAUUUUCUGCUUUCUCUUGAG